AUGAAGUGCCAAAUACCUGAAAUAUCAUGGCACAACCGCGAUCCAGUGCUGAGCGUCGACAUUCAACCGAAAGGAUCAAACGAUCGUGAUCCUAAAUAUAGGCUUGCAUCGGGUGGAACCGAUUCGCAUGUGCUGAUAUGGUACAUGUUACAAAAUCCGGAGUGCGGUACGAUCACCUUGGAUUUGGCGGCUGAUCUCACGAGGCACCAGCGCGCGGUUAACGCUGUGCGAUGGUCACCUUCGGGGGAGCUCCUCGCCACUGCAGACGACGAAAGUGUUAUUUUCAUCUGGAAGCAAAAAGGCGAAACUGAAACGCUAAACAUUCUUGAUUCGACCAGCGACCAGGACAAGGAAACUUGGCUGACGCUGAAAAUUCUCCGCGGUCACAUGGAAGACGUAUACGAUCUAUCCUGGUCGGCCAACUCGCAAUUUCUCAUCAGUGGCUCGGUCGACAACACGGCGAUAGUGUGGGAUGUGGCGCGCGGAAAAAACCAGGCCAUACUGCAGGAACACAAGGGCUUCGUGCAGGGCGUUGCGUGGGAUCCGAAAAACAAGUACCUGGCCACGCUUAGCACGGACCGUAACUUUCGCGUGUACGAUGUCCAAUCGAAACGCGUUGUGGCGAGGUGCACCAAAUGCACUCUGCCUGUGCCACAGUCACACCCGCUGCGGGACAAAACUGUCCGGCUGUUCCACGAUGACACGCUGCAGACGUUCUUCCGCCGGCUAAGUUUCAGCCCAGACGGAAACCUGAUCGUGACUCCGUCGGGUGUAGCUGAAAUCGAGGGUGUUCCGAAACCGCUUAACACAACGUACAUUUUUACACGAAAUUCUUUUAAGCAACCCGCGAUCACGCUUCCGUCGCCGGAUCAGUACACGGUGGCUGUACGCUUCUGCCCAGUGUACUUUCAGCAUCGUCCUCACUCGGACAAAUAUCCACCAAUAGUGCCCCUUCCCUACCGGAUGGUGUUUGCCGUGGCGACUAAAAGCUCUGUUUAUCUGUACGACACCCAGCAAGCGACACCGUUCGCAGUGAUCUCGAACAUUCACUACACCCGCCUGACGGACAUGUCCUGGUCGUCAGACGGAAAGAUCCUCAUCGUGUCCAGCACGGACGGGUUUUGUUCGUUGAUUUUCUUCUCCGACGGUGAGUUAGGGACGGUGUAUGUAGCUCCGUCGGAGAAUGCGCCCGGGGACGAUCUGAAAACUCCACCGAAGAGCGCAGUCCCGUCUCAAGGACAGCAGCCACCUCCGGUAGCAAUGGAAAGCGAUAGUUCUAAAACCGAAGCUAAGCCAGCCCAACCGAUUGCUUUCCGGAAGAAGCCAAAACAGGAGGAACCGGAAAGCGUGGGCAAUGCCACAAAAGAAGUAGAGCAGCCCACAUGGUCUCCGAUCGCAAGCAAUAAGACCGUACAGUCAACUGAAGUGAAGAUCGUGAUCGAAAACGAUAAAAUUAUCAGUAGCGAUGAAAAGUUCGAAAGCCCUGCGAAGAAAGACCGCCCUGUCACACCGAUUGCGGUUCGAAGGCAUCCGCGAACUCCGACCAACACUCCAACCGAUCCGCAACCGUCACAAUCGUCGUCUGCGGCAAAACCUAUCGCGGUUCGGCGGCAUCCCCGUGUGUUACUAGAAACGAUGAAGGUCGAAUCAACGGUGGAGGAAGAUGCCAAUGAUACCUGGCCGAUUGAUGAACCGAAACCGAGUGCUGUUGUGGGUAGGGAACGAUCGCGAAACCCGCCGUCGCCAAUGGAAACCGAUCAGACGGAAGAUAUCGUGCUGAUUGUGGAGUCCGAUGGCGAGGACGAGCAGGAACAGCCUACGAGCGAACCGACAAAGGAAGACACUACCGUGCCGGUGCCGAAUGUAACACCGAAAACACCUAGACGAGUCGAGUUUCGCACCAUUUCGACUCCUAAAUCGAAAAAGAAGCUUUAA